CGGCAAUCGGUGAGUUGGUGUGGUGACACUGCCGGCCCAAAUUCGCCGCGAUAGUAUUUUUCGCCCGUGUGUUCACACUGCGGUUUGCAGCGAAUUCGCUCAUUUGAAAAAAAUAAAACAUGGCUGGAAGAGGUGGUUAUGAACACGCUAGAGGCGGAUUCGGUGGGGAUCGGGCAUCCAAGCAGUUGCCCACGGAACCACCUUUCAUCGCAUUUGUCGGCAAUCUGCCACAAGGCCUUGUGCAGGGCGAUGUGAUCAAAAUAUUCCAGGACUUUGAGGUGAAGUACGUGAGGCUGGUGAAGGACCGGGAAACGGAUCAGUUCAAAGGCUUCUGCUACGUGGAGUUCGAGACGCUGGACAAUCUGGAGCGGGCGCUAGAGUGCGAUGGUCGGAUCAAACUGGACGAUCUGUCGGCGCCGCUGAGGAUCGAUAUUGCCGAUCGGCGGAAAAAUGAUCGCCCUGGUGGCGGUGUUGGCGGCGGCAACGGCGGCAUGACCCGCGGCGAUGGCGGCAGAGACGGUUUCCAGAAGCGCGGCCCACCUCGCCAGGGCGGCAGCAGUCAGUCCUACAGCCGGGGAGGUCCUGGCACUGGCGGCGGCGGUCGGGAGGGCGGCGGCGGUUCGGGUAAUCGCGGCGAUAGUAGAGGUUCGUACAAUGAUAGUUAUGGUGGUCACAAUGAUAGAAGUCGCGGCGGCGGCGGCAGCGGCGCGGGCUCCGGCGGUGGCAUGAAUAGAGGAUACAAUGAUCGGCCGGCAAAUCGUGGUCGGUACGGCAAUUUCAACAACGACGAUCGACCAUUCGAUCGUAACCAGGAUCGGGAUCGUGGCCAGCGGGAAGGCAGCUAUGGCAAUCAGUCGCGCGACGGCGAUCGCUACAACAACUUCAGCCGGCACCGCGACCGCGAGCGCACCCACUACAACCCCAACCAGCAGAGCGAACGUCCCAGUGGCGGCAUGAGCGGCCUCGGCGGCGGCUCCGGCGGAUCGGGAGGCCUGGGCGUUGGCGGUGGUUCCUCAAUGGGCGCCAUUGACGAUAAUGAGCGGCCACGUCUGCAGCUGAAGCCACGGACCAUUGCCGCGCCCAUCAACGCGGUGGCAGAGACCAAGCAAUCGGCCUCGAUCUUUGGCAACGCCAAGCCGCGCGAGGAGAAGCUGAAGGAACUGCAGCAAAAUGUCAAUCACAACGGCGAUAACUAGAGGGCAGGAGUCGGUCCGCAAUACAAUAUGCCUGAUAUGAUAUUUUGGUGUGCGAGAACGAGGGAAACCGAGAUAGAGCGAGAGAAGGAGAGAAUAUGGAGGAGUAAGAGGAGGAGGAGAAGGAGAACAAGAAGGAGAAGGAGGAUGAGGAUGAUGACAAGAAGGAGCAUCAGCAGCAUGCAUAUAUAAACACAUACAUUAAUUAAUAACACUACGCUACAUACCUAUUAUAUACGAAAGAUAUGUACUACAUUACAAGAUCGAAGAUGAAACAACAGGCUGGCCUCUGUGUCUCUGUGUCAGUGUCCAGUGUCAGUCAGCAAGCAAGCAAGCAACUUAACAGCAGAAAGAGCAACAGCAGUAACAUCAGCACAGCAACAAUCAACAUGCAAUAUGCAAAAUGCACCAUGCAACAUGCAACAUCAGCAACAAAGCCAAGCAGCAAUUAUGCAACCAUUCUAACUCUUUGCAACCACAAAAAAACAUCCGCAACAGCAAUGGAAAGUCUAUAAAUGUUAGUCCUUAAGCAGCGAUAAACUUUAGUCUCGUGCAUAUGGCCUAUAUAUAGUAUAUAUACGGUUAUGUGCGAUUCAUGUACAGCAGCUGUAUGCACGCUGCUAUUUGUUAGUUAAGUGAUGCAUAUAAACCAACAAAACAAAACAAAAGAAAAGUUCUACCAUUAAGGUAUAAAUAGUAAACAAAAAACAAGUAAAACAAAACAAAAAAAUGAAAAGAAUACAAAACAAAAAAAGCAAAAAACUCGAAAAACAAAGCAAAAAUCGAAAACAAAAACUUUUUGACAAAACGUUCAGCGUAGCAGGCAGGCAAUUUAUACAGUUUAUAUAGCAAAAAAAAAAGAAGAAAAAAAAAACGAAAAACCCAAAAAAACAUAACGAAAACAAUUAUUGAACAUAUAUACCUUAUGAAAUUUAAAACACCAACAACAGAUCUUACAAAACAAAUCGCAGAGAAGCAAAACAUCAACUACGUACGUAAAAUACAAAAAAAAAAGAAAAGAACGGAAAAGUAAUCGUUGAAGAUUCACUAAAAGAAAUGCGCAGAAACUUUAUAUAGCUACCAAGAAUGCAAUCAACUACAUAGGUCUUAUGUAGCUGAAGAUAAAGUUAAAGUCUAAGCAGACCAAACUAUGCAAAUAUUAUUUUGAUAUCCACCCAUUAUACACUUUAACCAUUUAUGUCAGUUUCAUUUACAAACUACCUUCGGUUAAAAUAUUUCUUUGCCUAUAUUUGUACAUUUACUUUUCUAAUAUUGAAUUGUCGUACACAUAGGAUCUGAUUUCUUUGUAGAUACCCUUGAUAUAAGUUGAAAAAAUUAUGGAAAGCAAUGUAUACAUUUUAUUGUUGUUUGUGUGUUUCAAUUAUUAUUUGCAUAAGUAAAAAGCGUUUUUCCCUUCUUAA